AUGGCCACUUCCCGUAUUCAGGCGACAGCACGCCAGUUGUCCAAAACAUUUAAGAAGAAAAGUAGAUUCGAUAUAGGCAUAGCAUCAGAGUUACCUGCGGCCUAUAAGAAGUUCUGGCGAGAAUGGAAAGUGCUGAAGCCAGCAGCUGUACACUAUAUUCCCCAAGACAGCAAGUGGAAACGAGAUGACCUCACGGGCGAAACUCUUCCUGUGCAAAAUAUCCCCAUACCAUUGAAACAUCCUGCCGAAAUUGAUGAGGGAAUAUGGGGUGGGGAAGCUAUAGUAAAAGGUUUUCAAAAACGUGACUUAAAGAAGCGUCGAGUACCUCACUAUUGGGUACCAGUUCUAAAAAGGACAGUGGUUAAAUCUGAAGUUUUAAACACUCAUUUAUCUGUCACAGUUACUGACAGAACCAUUAAACUUAUCAAUGACCAUUAUGGAUUUGACCAUUACUUACUUAAAACACCCGCUUGUGACCUCAUUUCAAUGCUUGCUUUGAAACUCAAGAAGCAAAUAUUAAUUGAACUUAUGAACGGCUGUCCUCGGCAUGCAUAUGACCCAGUUAAGCAAAAGGAAAUUUAUGAUGAAUAUAAAACUUAUUUGUCUUCUUAUACCCCUGAAGAAAUUGAUUGGUAUGGGUUGACAUGGUAUGAGGCUCUGUGCAAAGUAGCAAAAAUAAAAGAGGCAGCUAAUAAGCCUGUCCCAUUGAAGAAUGUUUACAGAAAGAAUUUAGUUGAAAAGCUAAAGGCGGCAGGAAUAGAAGCUCAACCAUCAGCAGAUGAAAUAUCAAAUACUACAUCCUGGCUGUCCAAGAUGAAUCCUUUUGGGAAAAAAGAUGAAGCAUAG